UCGUCCCGGCACCUGCCGCAGCGGGCGGGGGGCGCGGGGGCUCAGCCCCGCGCCGGUCACGGACCCCCAGCCCUGCCGGGACCCCCGCCCGCCGCCCCUCGCUCCGGGAGGGGCACCGGGGACACCGGCAGCGGGAACCGGAGCCUGUCGGGGGCGCAGCCCCGCACCUGCUGCGUGGGAAGGGAGGGUCCCGGGGGCGCAGCCCGCCCCGGGGAUGCCCCGGACCGGGACACGGGGACACGGGGACACCCGCCCGCCGCCCUUCGCCCCGCCCGGGCGGGGCCGGCUCGGGAGCGGCGGCGGAGAUGGAGCGGCCGGUGCCGCUGCCCCGGGGGACCCGGCCCCGGGCCCGCCACUACUACGAGGGCUUCGUGGACAAGCGGGGCCCGCGGGAUCAGGGCUACCGGAGGCUCUGGGCCGGGCUGCGGGGGCUCCAUCUCGCCUUCUACAGGGGGCCCCAGGACCGCGAGCCCCUGGAGCUGCUGGACCUGGGCGAGCUGGUGACGGUGCAGGCCAAGGACGGGGCGCUCGUCCUCAGGCUGAGGGGACAGGAGGUGACAAUGAAGACGGAGAGCUGGGAGACGCAGGAGAUGUGGCGGGGAUUCAUCCUGACCAUGGCCAAGAUGAAGAUACCCCGGGACCUGGCGCUGCUGCCCGGACACACCUUCCAGCUGCUGCAGGCUCUGCGGGAGGAGCAGGAGCGCAGGGACAGCGCCGUGUCCCCCGCGGCCACCUCCGUGUCCCCCCCGGCCACCUCCGUGUCCCCCCCGGCCACUUCCGUGUCCCCGGUCACCCCCGUGACCCCGGUCACCCCCGUGUCCCCAACCACCGCCGUGUCCCCUGUCACCCCCGUGUCCCCCAGCCCCUCUGAGCCCUGGGGGUGGCGGGGCAGGGCUGGGGGUGACAGCGGGGGGGUCCCCAGGGUCCCCAGCUGCUUUUUGCAGGUGACGCGUGCCGAGGCCGAGCGGCUGCUGGAGCAGAGCGCGGGCCGGGGGAACCUGCUGCUGCGGCCCGGGGGACACGGCCAGGGCGUCUCGGUCACCACGCGCCAGGAGCGGGGCGGGACAGCGCUGCUGAGGCACUACAGGGUGAAGAGAGAGGCCCAGGGCUACGUCAUCGACCUGGAGACCCCGCACCGCUGCUCGUCGCUGGCGGAGGUGGCGCAGUUCUUCGUGCGGAGCAGCGCGGGCAGCCUGCGGCCCCUGGAGCCCGAGUACAGCGCGCAGCUGGAGUUCGUGCCGAUGAACGGGGACCCCUCCCCAGCUGCGGCCACUCCCAGGGCGGCCCCGAGGCGGGGCAGGAGCCCCCCCGGGCUGGGGCUGGUGCCCGAGGAGCAGCUCUACAUGAACGACCCCGGGAGGACCCAGGAGCUGCUCCGGGAGCUGCACUGGAAGCUGCAGCAGCGCCAGGCUCAGUGA